AUGUCGGACAUUCCGAGCCGCGCCGAUGAGGUGCAAAGCCUCUUGAAAGCAGUAGAAGACCUUCUUAUCCCAUUCAUUCGAUCUGCAGACGAGCCCACAGCCACCGUACAGAAGAACAGUGCCAAUGGACAGACAGCAUCAUCACUCGUGGAAUAUAGAAAGCCAGAAGAGCUGCGCGAUAUCCUGCAGCUGGAGAUCCCAGAGCAGGGUAGACGCCAAGAAGGCCUGAUUGAGGUUCUCCAGAGUGUCCUUAAGUACUCCGUCAACACCUGGCACCAGGGUUUCCUGGACAAGCUCUACGCAUCUACCAAUGCUCCAGGUGUAGCCGCAGAGCUCAUUCUGGCAACAUUGAAUACCAAUGUGCACGUAUACCAAGUCUCGCCUGCGUUGACCGUCAUUGAGAAAUAUACUGGACAGCGGCUAGCGAAUCUUUUCGGAUUAAACGGACCUCGAGCAGGUGGAAUUUCGGUUCAGGGUGGCUCCGCAUCGAAUACAACGUCGAUUGUCAUCGCACGCAACAAUCUCUACCCAAGCACAAAGGUGGAUGGUAAUGGCGGCUACAAGUUCGUGCUGUUCUCUAGUGCCCAUGGCCACUAUAGUGUGGAGAAAGCGGCUCAAAUGCUUGGAUUCGGAAGCAGUGCUGUCUGGCCAGUGCCAGUUGAUAAACAGGGUCGAAUGAUUCCGUCUGAACUGGAGAAGCUGGUACAGAAAGCCCAGAGUGAAGGCCACACUCCAUUCUACGUGAACGCCACCGCUGGAACAACAGUCUUGGGAUCCUUCGACCCUUACCAUGAGAUUUCUGCUAUUUGCAAAAAGUACAACCUGUGGUUCCAUGUCGAUGGAUCCUGGGGUGGCUCUUUCGUCUUCUCUCGACAACAGAAACACAAGCUGUCCGGCGCAGAGAAAGCAGACAGUAUUGCAAUCAACCCACACAAGAUGCUCGGCGUGCCGGUAACAUGCUCGUUCCUCUUGGCCUCGGACCUGCGCAAAUUCCACCGCGCGAACACCCUUCCUGCAGGCUACCUUUUCCACAAUGAAGACCCAGAACCAAGUUCAGACGGUGUACAAGAUCCAGAGACCGAAGCCGACUCUCCUGAAGUGUGGGAUCUGGCCGAUCUGACUCUCCAAUGUGGUCGACGGGCCGAUUCUCUCAAACUCUUUUUGGGCUGGACCUACUACGGAACCGAAGGUUACGAGAAUCAGAUAAAUUCCGCGUGCGAUACCGCAGAGUACCUGGCCAAUCUCAUCACUCAGAGCCCGAACUUCGUUCUCAUUAGCGAGAAUGCACCGCCUUGUCUGCAGGUCUGCUUCUACUAUGCUCCUGGAAAGGAAAUGGCUUACAAGCGCGGCGUUGUGUCGAAUGAGACCCAGCGGGCGAAGAAUAACAGCAAGGUCACCGAGCAGAUCACGCAUGCUAUUGUUUCCAAGGGUUUCAUGGUUGACUUCGCGCCUCCAAGUAGCGAUGAUGAUGCUACUGGCAAUGGCAAGUUCUUCCGCUGUGUAGUAAAUGUGUCGACGAGCAAGAAGACUGUGGAGUCUCUUAUACAAGCUAUUGAGGAAGUCGGUCCUAGCAUAAUCGAGUCUUUGAAGUUGAAGGCACAGGUUGUUCCUCAGAAACGACCUGGUGAAAGAGGACAUGGGCCAGUUGUUCACCAGGCUUGA